UGCACACCGACGCGCACGGACCGGACCAGCACAGCCCGGAAACUGCCCUACGCCGACACGUUUUCCGGUCCGGCCCAGCAGCAGCAGGGAGGAAGGUUCGCUCGGUCGCUGGGCCUGGCUCCGCGUGCCGUCCCUCCUAUAAAUGCGAGUCCUCGCCGAGUCCACUGGGCACCAGAAGCUCACUCACUGCUCGUUGCCGGCUGCCCCCGCGGCCCCGGCCAGUCCAUCCCCUCGCUCGCUCCCCAACUCCAGCAGGCAGAUCAGAUACAUCCAUCCAUUCGCGGACCGGAAGGAAAGGAAGGGUUGAACUAUGAGCGCCGUGGCGGUUUCGUCGUCGCUGAACCCGGACGCGCCGCUCUUCAUCCCGGCGGCGCUGCUGCAGGUGGAGGACUUCUCGCCGCAGUGGUGGGACCUCAUCACCACCACUGCCUGGUUCCGCGACCACUGGUCCCGCGAGCGCGCCCACCUGGACGAGAUGGCCGAGCAGAUCGACGCGGCCGGCCUCCUCCCCGACGACGAGGACCUCUUCUACGACGACCAGCUCGAGCAGGGCCCCGUCGCCGCCGCCCUUAAGACAGAUUCGGUGCUCAAGGCGCUGAACAUGACCUCCCCGAAGGGCGGCGGCGACGCCCCGCGGGGGUUCCGGGAGAAACCCAGGAACGCCGAGAAGCCGACCAAGUACGCCGGCAGCCCCAAGAGCAACGCUCCCCGCGUGAUCCACCAGCCUCGCUAGGUUCGCUGGGGGAACUCAUCAGGAAGGCUGCUGCCCCUCUUGCAGCCUUGCUCCUGGCUGCCGCCGCUGUCGUGGUCUGCUCUUUCAAGUCGAAGUAACGGUGGUUCGAGCUAGUGGAUAGUGUGGCUCAACUGUAGAAGUUCCUUUUGUAUAGCAAGCAAGUAAAAAAAAAAAAUGACCAAAAAAUAUAACAAAAUGCAGCUGUAAGUUUACUGCUGCUCUCUAAGUCGUGUUCAGUCAUCCAGUGUGUCUAGUCUAGGGAAACCCCAUAAAAAUGGUGAAGGUGGAAUCCCAUCCCAGUGUCAUAAUUAAGGAUGCACUUCUUCUGUAAGCAAAUGUAUGAUGUACAAUGGCCGGCCGGCAGUCUAAAUGUUACAACUAGCUCUUCUUGGUGAAUUCACCGGUCCA